AUGGUUACUUAUACUUGUGAUAGAUGUGGUAAUAUUUUUCCUAAAUUAUGGAAACUUAGACGCCACCAAGAAAGAAAGUUUUCAUGCAAGCCUGCACCCAACCCCCAGUUGCCAGACCCUGAACCAAAUCAUGAAGCCGGUCCUGGUCCAACAACUCAAGCUCACAGAGAAGCACAAAUUACUGAAACUACCAGUCAGCAGGCUAUAACCCAAGACCAAGAAAAAAUAUACACUCCUGAAGAGAAUUUUCAGUCAAUUUAUGAAACAGAAAAUGGUGUUAAAGAAAAAGAACUCCCCUCUGGAGAUAUAAAAUUUCUGAAAAAAAGGCCAGAUACAGAAAGGCAACACAAAAGUUUGGAUGCUGUAACCUUUUAA